GAGUCAUUACCAUCAUAAAGGAAAACAAAACCAGACAAAAUUGAAAUUUCUUAGGGUUUAUCAUACUGCAGUAAAACCCUAGAUUAGAGCAAGAACACAAACACUCAAAUUAAACCAUGGCAACAGAAACCCAAAUGGAAAAAUCAGAAAAUUCAUUCAGAAAGAGAAAAUUGGGGCACAAGAAGGGCAAGAAUGUAAAGAAGCAGCAGAAACAGUUUCACGGCAUGAAAGAACGAGUAAAAAAGAACCCUAAAGUUAUGAAAUUUCUUAGAAAGAAAGCUCGUGAUUAUAAUUCUGAUUCUGGUGGUGACGAUGAUAAUUAUGGAGUAGAAGAAGAAGAAACCCAGUUUAUUUCUGAUAAAAAGAUUGAUUCUUUGAAUGAUAAGGAAAAUUUUGAGGAUAGUGGUGAGGAUGAUGAUGGUGGUGAGAAGAAGAAUCUCGGCAUUGAACUCGACGGGUCGGAACUCGAAGAAGAUGAAGAACAUGGUGAAGUUUUACCUGGAAUUACAAAACUUAAUGAGGGUUGUAGGGCUUUUAGGAUUGCUUUUAAGAAUAUUAUGAAAAAGAGUGUUUCUGAUAACACAUUGGGGCCAGUGCUCUCAGGGCAUAAGAAGCUUGUAGCUGAGAAGCUUGCCGAGGACGAAGCAGAAAGGAAGGUUAAGGGAGAAGCUAAGAAGGAGAAGAAAUUGAUGGAAGAGAAGGGGCAUGUAAAGCCUGCUAAUUACUUAGAUGCUCACGAAAAGGAACUAAUAGCUCAUGCUACAAAAGGGGUGGUCAAGUUAUUUAACGCUGUUAACAAGGCACAAAAUGCACAAAAAGGGUUGAAUCCUUCAAGAGUAAAGGAUGCUAAAGUGAUAAAUAAGCGGAGGAAAGAAGCUUUCUUUUCUGAGUUGGGCAGGACACCAGUUUCUAACGCUAAGGCUGAAGAACCAUCAUGGGCUCCGUUACGUGAUAACUACAUGCUGACAAAUUCGAAGUUGAAGGACUGGGACAAAAUGCCGGUUACAAGUGUUGCUGCUGAUUUGGGAAAGAUAUCCGAGGAUAGUGGUUCUGAAGAUGAUUGAUACUGUUGAACACCGGGAUCAUUCAUCGAUAUAACGAUAUUGUUAAUGCAUAGCAAAGGUCACUGCUCUGUUUUUUUUUUCCUCGAACGUUUCAGAAUGAGAUAUAUGCGUUUCUGCUAUUGCUGUCUGUUUUCAAUUUACUGGAGUUUUCCUAUUGUUUUUAUUCUUUUAUGUCGUUCAGUUUCAUAGAUUCUGAACAGAGAUUUUGACAACUAGUGUAUAAAUUCUAAAAGUAAUUACUCAUUUAAAACAAAAUGUAUAAUUAUUUGAUCACA